UUUUCCUUUUUUUUUAUUUUAAUUUGCCAUUCAAACAUAGUGUCAGUUUGAAUUUAACGUGCAAUGAAAAGGAUUAAUCCAAUCAAUUAUCCAACCAUAUAUGACGUGUAAUUGAGUAAUUAUAGUCUACAUCAUAGGAGUAUAUGAAUAUAUUUCGCGCAGCAAAGGUGACUGUGAUCAAUGAUCAUUUUACCAAAUUUAGUAAAAGAAACAACUCAAGAGCGAAAGAAGUUUAACAAAUUUCUGCAUAAUCCAGAAAACGACUUCAAUUUUUUUUACUGUAAUGGCAGGAUCCCCAAUUUCACCCUCCAUUGUAUAAAUUCCUCUGUCUUUCUAUUCGGCAGUGUUUUCAUCAGAUCGAUUUUUUUGAUUUGAUUUCGAAGAAUAAGAUAUAUUCUAGGUUUUAAUCGAUUUUGAGAGAGAAAAAUGAGGAUUGAAAAUGAAGGAGAAGAUGUUUCAGCUCCACCGAAACAUCUUGUGUUUGCUUACUAUGUCACUGGUCAUGGAUUUGGACAUGCCACUCGCGUUGUUGAGGUUGCUAGACAUCUGAUUCUUGCUGGACAUGAUGUUCACCUUGUUUCUGCAGCGCCUGACUUUGUUUACACUACAGAAAUCCAAUCUCCUCACCUUCACAUACGUAAAGUGCUCUUGGACUGUGGAGCCGUUCAGGCUGAUGCCUUGACAGUAGAUCGUCUAGCCUCUCUGGAAAAGUACCACGAGACUGCUGUUGUACCUCGGGAAUCUAUUUUGAAGACUGAAGUUGAAUGGCUGAAUUCAAUCAAAGCAGAUUUAGUGGUUUCAGAUGUUGUUCCAGUUGCAUGUCGUGCUGCUGCAGAUGCUGGAAUUCGUUGUGUCUGUGUUACCAACUUCAGUUGGGACUUCAUUUAUGCCGAUUAUGUUUUGGCUGCUGGACAUCAUCACCGUUCAAUAGUUUGGCAGAUAGCGGAGGACUAUUCUCAUUCUGAGUUCUUAAUACGGCUUCCCGGAUAUUGCCCAAUGCCUGCUUUUCGUGAUCUUAUUGAUGUGCCUCUGGUUGUUAGGAGGUUGCACAAAUGUCGUGAGGAGGUGAGGAAAGAUCUUGGGAUACAGGAUGAUGUGAAAUUGCUGAUUUUAAACUUUGGUGGGCAGCCCUCAGGCUUGAAACUGAAUGAAGACCAUUUACCUCCUGGAUGGAAAUGCUUGGUUUGUGGAGCCUCUGACAACGAUGAACUGCCACCAAACUUUAUAAAGGUAGCAAGAGAUGCAUAUACACCUGAUCUUAUAGCAGCUUCUGAUUGUAUGCUUGGAAAAAUCGGAUAUGGGACAGCAAGUGAAGCCUUAGCAUACAAACUACCCUUUGUUUUUGUUCGUAGAGAUUAUUUCAACGAGGAGCCCUUUUUAAGAAACCUAUUAGAGUUUAAUCAAUGUGGAGUUGAGAUGAUACGGAGAGAUUUACUGACUGGACACUGGAAGCCAUAUAUUGAUCGUGCCAUGAGUUUGAAGCCAUGUUAUGCUGGUGGUGUAAAUGGUGGUGAGGUAGCUGCUCGUAUUUUGCAGGAUGCUGCUGUUGGGAAGAAUUAUGUCUCUGAUAAGCUAAGUGGUGCUAGAAGAUUACGGGAUGCAAUUGUUCUUGGGUAUCAGCUUCAGAGAAUGCCCGGUAGAGAUCCUGAUCUCUGUGUUCCUGAAUGGUAUGCCAAUGCUCAAAAUGAACUGGGUCGUCGCACUGGUUCUCCAAAGCUGGGUGUGGAUGGAGCAUUCCAGGAUUCUGAUAGCUUAUACACACAAAAGUUUGACAUUAUUCAUGGUGACCUUCAUGAUCUUCAUGAUACCAAAAGUUUUUUAAGUAGUUUGGAAGAGCUUGCUGGUUAUUUUAGGAAUGAUGUAAAGCAUCAUGUACGUGAGUAUAAGGCCGCAACGGCAUUUUUCAAUUGGGAGGAAGAAAUUUUUGUGGCAAGAGCACCCGGAAGGCUGGAUGUAAUGGGAGGGAUUGCUGACUAUUCAGGGAGCCUUGUUUUGCAGAUGCCAAUUAGAGAAGCUUGCCAUGUUGCAUUGCAAAAGAACCACCCAAGUAAACACAGGCUGUGGAAGCAUGCACAGUCUCGUCAGCAAGACAAGGGUCAGGGUCCAACUCCUGUUCUUCAAAUUGUAUCAUUUGGGGCAGAGCUGGGAAACCGUGGUCCAACUUUUGACAUGGAUUUGUCUGAUUUUAUGGAAGGAGACAAGCCAAUCUCAUAUGAAAAGGCCAAACAAUUCUUCUCUCGAGAUCCUUCACAGAAGUGGGCAGCAUAUGUGGCAGGGACAAUUUUGGUUUUGAUGACAGAGUUGGGCGUACGUUUUGAAAACAGUAUCAGUAUGCUGGUUUCUUCUGCUGUUCCCGAAGGCAAAGGUGUUUCCUCAUCUGCUUCUGUGGAGGUUGCUAGCAUGUCAGCUCUUGCAGCUGCUCAUGGAUUGGAUAUAUCACCCAGAGAUCUUGCAUUGCUCUGCCAAAAGGUUGAGAAUCAUGUUGUUGGAGCCCCAUGUGGUGUAAUGGAUCAGAUGACUUCGGCAUGUGGUGAAGCAAAUAAGCUUCUAGCAAUGAUUUGCCAGCCUGCAGAAGUAUUGGGACUUGUGGAAAUCCCAAGUCAUAUACGUUUUUGGGGCAUCGAUUCAGGAAUAAAACACAGUGUUGGAGGUGCAGAUUAUGGAUCCGUUCGAACAGGUGCAUUUAUGGGCCGGGAGAUGAUAAAGUCUUCAGCAUCUGAGACAAUAUCCUCUUCACAAUCAAGCAAUGACAUCACCAGCCCUUGUGAUCUGGAUGCCAAUAGCUCUGAAUUAAUUGGAUCUGAAGCUAAUUUGGAUUAUUUAUGCAACCUGACACCUCAUAGAUAUGAAGCUGCUUAUGCUGAUGUUCUUCCUGAGAGAAUAGAUGGGGAAGCCUUUCUUAGAAGAUAUGGAAACCACCAUGAUCCUGUCACUGUAAUUGAUCCGAAGAGAUCUUAUGCUGUCAGAGCAGCUGCAAGGCACCCCAUAUAUGAGAAUUUCAGAGUGAAGGCCUUCAAAGCACUCCUUACAUCUGCACCGUCUGAAGACCAGCUGACUGCACUGGGGGAACUCCUUUAUCAGUGUCACUACAGCUACAAUGCAUGCGGUCUGGGCUCCGAUGGUACGGACAGGAUUGUUGAGUUGGUGCAAGAAUUGCAGCAUAGCAAAUCAUCUGGUUCUGAGGAUCCAGCACUCUAUGGGGCUAAGAUAACAGGUGGUGGCUCUGGCGGAACUGUUUGUGCAAUAGGAAGGAACUCCAUGAAAAGUAGCCAACAAAUACUUGAGAUCCAGCAAAGAUACAAAGAGGCCACCGGACAUUUGCCGUUUUUAUUUGAAGGUUCAUCUCUAGGCGCGGGAAGCUUUGGCUAUCUCAAAAUUCGCUUCCAUUCUCCUUAAAGUAAGCUUGGAGAACACACGAUACCUUGUUUCCUUCGUUUCUUCAUAAUUUUAUUGAUACUAAUUUAGGAUUUAGACGUCAAUUUAGACCUUAUUGGUCAUCAAUGAGGGCUCAAUGCACAAAUUGUUGGUCUUUAUUUGAACUACUUUUCCAAUUCAUGUGUAACUUCAUUAUGUAUUUCUUCCCUUCGUUGAAGGUGAAGCUAGUCAAUAAUCAUACCGCCCUCACAUUGCUAAUUAUGAGAUUCACCUUAUUGGAUUGAUGCAAUAUGAAAAAACUUUUGUA